GGCACUUUCUUUUGCAAGCGGGAAGCCCUGAGUUCAAACUUCAGUCCCAUGAAAAAAAGAAAACCCAAAAAGUCUUUGGCAUACAGGACCAACUUCGUGGAUCUAAGACCUACCGCAGUGGGGCAGGAUGGACUCCAGGACCAUCAGCUUGAAUUAAUACUUGAUUAAAUAUUCUGCUAAGCUGUGUUUGGUGGUGCACGCCUGUGAUCCCAGCACUCUAGAGGCUGAGGCAGGAGGACUGAGAAUCCGAGGCCAGCCUGGACUACAUAGCAAGACCCUAUGUAAAGAAAGUUCUACUAUUGCUGUCUUAAGAAUUUCGACUGUGAGGGAGCAGGCAUGCUGCCACCAUAUCUGUCCACCUGCCUGAACCAUGUUCACAACCUAUGCCUGGAAUAUAAGCCGUCGAGAAAGCCAAGCCGCCGGGCGGCUACUGAGCUGCUGACUGCGCUGGCCGGCCGUGCUCCAGGGCUGCGAGGCCUGCGCCUAGAAUGCAGCGGAGAGAAACCGCUCUUCGAUGCGGGCCACGACAUCUUGGACGCUGUGCAUGCCAUCUGCCGGGCUGCCCGUCAGCUGCGACACCUCGACCUGCGCCAUUUGCCCUUCACACUGAACGACGAGCUGGUGCUACAGGCUGCACGUGGCUGUCCGGAGCUCCGCAGCCUUUUUCUGGACAACCAUACACUGGUGGACAGCGUGGGACCUGGCUCUGUACUCAAGCUAUUGGAGGCCUGCCCGCACCUGCGUGCCCUUGGCCUGCACCUGGCCAGUUUGUCGCGCACUGUCCUGGAAGCACUAGCUGCCCCAGAUCGCGAGCCUUUUGCACUCCUAGCCCUGCGGUGCGCCUGCGCUGAAGAUGCUCGUGUGUCCCCCCUUCCGAACGAAGCCUGGGCGGCGCUGAGCCAUCGCCACCCUGAGCUGGCGGUGGAGUUGGACCUGGAGCCUGCGCUCUCUGCUGAGAGCGUGAACGGCAUCCUGCAGCCAGCAAUGCCUGUAGCUGCGCUGCGUCUCAACCUCUCCGGUGAUGCUGUAGGCCCUGUGCGCUUCGCUGCGCGCAACUACGCUGCAACCCUGCGCGUGCUCGAGGUGCGCGCCUCCGCCUCAGCGGAAUUGAACGCUGCGCUGGAGGAGCUGGCAGCACGCUGCGCGGGCCUCCACGAAAUACACUGCUUCUGCGUGGUGAGACCCUCGGUGCUGGAAGCCUUCCAUGCACACUGCCCGCGCUUGCGCAGCUACACGCUCAAAUUAAAGCGCGAGCCACAUCCCUGGCUGCCCACGCUCGUGCGGUGAUUGGAUGAAGUCUCCGCUCCGGACCCCUCUGAAAUGCGGGAGGGAGUUGCCCAGACACGCCCCAACUGCUACCACCUUUCCUUUGGAUUCCGUUACCUCCUGGAGGUUGGGCCUGUAGGAUAAAGUCCGGGCGUCAGGUGUCCACUUGGUCCUCUCGACCUCUACAGACGCCGACUCUACCCCGACCGAUCAUACUGGGCCCCACCCCUCGGCGCAUUCUGCGCCAAUUCCCCGACCAAAUGUUGGGGGGAGGGCGGGCCAGGCUCGGGCCGGCCUCAGGAGUGAGUGUGAAAUAAAUAAAUCCUGCAGUAUCUCUGUGUCCUGUGAUUGCCGGUCAAUUCUGAAGGGGGAGGGCAGUGGCUAGAAGACCAUCCCGGCAGUGGUGAAAGGAACUGAGACCUCAAAGAUCUGUUGUAUUGAUGGGGCUGUGGGAGUCUGGGCGGGGCACUCCGCACGCCUGGAAUAACAACGUCCCAGCGUUCGGGGAGUGAGGGCGAGCUUCCCACACCACCCUUUCUAUCUGCCUGCUUCACAAUGCCCACGGUCACCACCUCUAGGACUUUCCCAACUCACAGCAGCCUGCGCAUGGGCUAUUUCUGCCAAAGAACAUAGUAGAGGGAAUGAGAAGAUUAGUACUGGAACCCAGGUCUCCCUCCGCACCCUAGCCUUUCACAUCCAUCAG